GUGUAGUUUAAUAUGUUACAAUAACACUUACUUCAAAGUUAGUUAUCAUAUUCUUACAUUACUCAGACUCUUCAGAUAUGCUGUCACACUCGUGUCAUGUCGAAUCCUUCAGAAAUACACACAGCGUUUUAGAGGAUUUGACCCACUCGCCAACAUAUUUAAAGAGUCCGAGCAAUGAAAUGGAAAGAAUCAACUCAAAGCUCUACUUACAAAACUGCUACAUAAUGGCUGAAAAUGAAAGGCUAAGGAAGAAAGCAGAACUAUUGAAUCAAGAAAAUCAACAACUUUUAAGUGAACUCAAACAUAGGUUAUCGCAAGCUGGUCCUAGUAACAUCAACAACAACAACAAUGGAGGUGGAAAAAACAAUACAAUUCUUGAUCUCAAUCUCUCCAACACAUCCAAGAAUGUGUCAUCAAAAUCCAAGAAGAAAUGAAGUCAAAAAAAAAGAAAAAAAAAAUCAAGAAAAUUGUGGGUCCCACCUAAGUCAUUUGAACUAGUAGUAUGUUUUUUUUUUUUUUAAAUGUUAUUUUUGGGGGUUGUUAAAUAUUAUUGUUAGUAUUAUAUUAAGUGGUUAAAUAGUAUAGGAAGUUAUGGUUGUUAUGGUCAAUAGUUAUAUUGUAGGAGAAUAGGUAGGAGGAAGAAUAUAUGUUUUUCUAAGGGUGGGGUGGUGGGGUUAGUUAUGUUUUGGAGCUAAAAAAGGUUGUAAUCAAAUCUAUAUUAUCUACAAGGAAAUAUAACAUGCAUCCCUUAUUAAAU